ACACCGCGAUGUCAUUGAACACACCUCGUCACAGAAGCCGGUUUCACAGAGGGGGAAGAUAAUUUUCAUUUAAGCAUAUAAGAGAAACAUCACUUUCUUGAACUUCCAGGGGCAGACGUUGCUCGUUUUCUAUUUAUUUAGACGUAGAUAGAGAAAAUGCUCCAGUCUCUCGCCGGUAAUUCGUGCGUGCGUCUCAUCCAGAGGCACAAAUCGACGUGGUAUUUUGUGUGUCUGCUGGUGGGCUACAUCCUUUAUCUGAUCUUCGGGGCUGUUGUCUUUUCGUCCGUCGAGCUGCCUUACGAGGACGACCUGCGUCAGAACCUGAGGGCCAUGAAAUCGCAGUUCCUCCAGGACCACGAGUGUAUCUCCGAGGAGAGUCUGGAGAGGUUUCUGAAGGAAGCCCUCGAUGCGAGUAAUUACGGGGUCUCCAUCCUUAACAACGCCUCUGCUAACUGGAACUGGGACUUCACAUCUGCACUCUUCUUUGCCAGCACUGUGCUGUCCACCACAGGUUAUGGUCACACGGCACCGCUGUCAGAGGGCGGCAAGGCCUUCUGCAUCAUCUAUUCUGUGAUUGGCAUCCCCUUCACACUCCUCUUCCUCACUGCUGUGGUGCAAAGGAUCAUGGUGUACAGCACAAGGAGGCCCAUCACGUACAUCCACACACGCUGGGGCCUGUCCAAACCUCUGGUGGCCAUCGUCCACGCCUGCCUUCUCGCCAUGUUGGCCGUUUCUUGCUUUUUCCUCAUCCCCGCUGCCAUCUUCUCAGCGCUGGAGGAUAACUGGAACUUCUUGGAGUCUUUCUACUUCUGCUUUAUUUCUCUCAGUACCGUCGGAUUGGGAGAUUACGUGCCGGGAGAGGCGGCCAAUCAGAAGUUCAGGGAGCUUUACAAGCUGGGCAUUACUGUUUACCUGAUCCUGGGCUUGAUCUUCAUGCUGGUGGUCCUGGAGACCUUCUGCGAGCUGCAGCAGCUGAAGCAGCUCAGGAAGAUGUUCUACCUGAAGAAGGAGAAGACACAGGACCGCGUGGCCAUCCUGGAGCACGACCAACUGUCCUUCACGUCGGCGCCGAACAAGCCGCAUGGCAGCGACAAGGCCCGGAUGUUCGUUAGUGUCUCAAGUCUGUCUUCUCGCAGCGAUGACCUCAUGAUUCAGUAGAGACGGCACAAGUCACAAGUACACACACAAGACACGUCUUUGCUGUAUUUAUGGCUCUCGGGAGCAAAGCCUCACUAUGAGCGGUCUGUUAUUUAAAGCAAAAGGCAAAUUCAUCUCACGAUCGAGCUAAAAUGUAAGGUAGUUUUUGUGUAGCUUUGUUACUAAACAGCACAUAAUAGCGCUCCUUGUGUAAAUACUUGACAGCUAUGUGGACAUUGCUUCAAGGUGUACAGUUGAAGGCCUAUUAAGGCGCUUGUCAGGUAUAACUUGUGGUCAAAAGUCACUGUGUAAUGCUUUGGGUGCAUAGCCGACUAUCAGAGGCUUUCUAAGGCAAUUUUAUUUCAUUUGGUUGACGUGUUCAAAGAAUGGCGUUUUAAAAAUGAAUUUAAGAAGAGUGGUCCUACUUUAUCUUUCAUGAAGGUGUAAAAUGUCACGCUUGGCCCUCUAUUUCAUUCAGGGAUUUCUUUUCUUGGCACGUACAUUCUAAUCGUGUUUUUUUGCAUACAUGUUGUCCGUGUGCGAUUGUACAUUCUUUAAUUUAUUGCCUUGUCUGAAAUAAUGUGUCUGAUGCACACACAAAAAAGGGUUGUGAGGUUGGCCUUAAAGGUUUAAGGGAGUUGAAUUUGCACAUGUACAGUAACCCGUCCGGAGAAAUAAAUGGGAUGUGGUUCGGAAUAUUUCAUCUGUAUUGAGAAACGAAUUGAACAGAAAGCAUAACUCAUUUUAUAUCUGCUAUGAAACUAUUUACAGCGGAUGCCCACACAUUUGCGAUUCAGCAUUUACGGCCAAACAAAUUCAUGGAUUUUUUUUCUCUGCAAAUGGGCCGUUUUUCCCGCAGAAAACACAUUUAAUUCACCCUAAGUUGGUAAUAAUUUAUAAAUGCGUGAUAAUACAGGUAAAAUGUACAGGUGUACAGGAUUUGUGGCAUUCACGUAAAGUGGGGAUCUACUGUAUAUUUUUAUAAAUCAUGUGAAUGUCGACCAUAUUUUAAGGUCUACACCUUUUUUGUUGUCAGUUUUGGAGAUGUAUGUACAAGAUACAAUGCCUUGGAGAGACUUGAACACCACACGAAGAACUAAAUACAGUGGAACCUCGGUUUCCGUCAUUUAUCGGUUCCUACGAAAACCCAAACGUAUGAAAAGGAUUAAUUUGGUAAUUAAAUUAAAUUCAUCUUUUCCAGACACCCAAAAAUGUUAACAUAAACCGGAUUUUACAGAGAUUUAUAAUAGUUUGACAUGCAGGAAACAAAGUGAAAUACAUACAAUACAAUGAAGUGGAUAAAUGAACGUUUAACAUCUUUUACUUUUACUUGAAGACUAGCAAACACAGAGAUGGGUGGGGGUAGGAAGGGAAGGGACGGAAGAACCACGCAGAGACUUUCAUUCUCGUCCACUACCAACUCAUCUUCAAACAGUGGACAAUUAGCGUUGUAUACUAACUUGGACUUUAUUGGGAACUUCAGCAGGAGUUGCAAUCACUCACUGUGUGUAAUCACAAUGACCCAACUCACUUAUCUGUAAGGUGUCUCUCUUAAAACAUUCCCCCUGCGAUCUGUGCUAACUAAGGGACCUUUACAUUACAAUUCCAUUGUAACAGAUGCUACCUUCGUACUUUGCUUGAAUUUCUGGAAUUCAACACUCCGAGAUAUGCUCUGCACUUGAACGCCUCAUCAGCACACAACACAGUGCUUGAAAGAAGUAAGAAGACAUAUACAGAGCUGUUUAUCUUUCCGUGUGCGUUCUAUGAACGAAUAAACACCCACACACUCAUCAUAAAGAUGAUGACAGGAUUCUCUGGUUGGAAUCUGCCUAUAUUGUCCCAACUCUAAAAGAACCACUACUCAUUCUUCACAGAGACUGUGGAUGCUUUGUUUGGGCUCUCGACCUGUUUGUUAGUUGCACUGUUUAGCCAUAUGACGAGGUUCCGCUGGAUACUUAAAUUGAAAUGUAAUUCAGCGCAAAAUUUGCUGUGUUUUUUCCUCGACUAAACACUCCCAUUUUGUAUUUUUAAAACACAAUUCUAGCCAGAAGUAAAAUGUUGUGACAAAUCAAUCCACUCCUGUGAAUAUCUUUGGAUUUUUACCAUGUCUGACAUUAUCUAUUGCAAUCACUUGAAGCCUUUUUUAAUGUCUGGAAUGUUUUGUUUUGAUGCCUUUUUGUCGUAGGUUAGCAUGCUAACCAGGGUUUAGCGUCAUUCUUCAUCUAUCUUAGCUUAGCUUUGCAGUGUCAUGCGUUUGCCGACAGGUGUUUGCUAGCUGAACGAGCAACAAUUUUACCAUCAUGGGAGUUACUUCAUGUAUCGAAUACGUGCACAACAAUCGACUGUGAACUGCUUUCAAUAUGUCUGCUAGGGGGGAAAAAAAGCGCCCUUAAAUGUAUUUUUUUCCAUUCCUCAAAAUGCUAGUAGUUCUUGUUUCAAAAAGUAAAUAUAUUGUAUCCAGAAUUCCAAAUGGAAACCAUUGACUGAUACUGACAAUAAGUGAGUCUGCUAUUUGACAUUUGUGUGCAUAAAUAUUCUGUUCUCAAUGUGCAACAGAUGUUUAUGUCCAUAUUGUGUCAGGGAGCAAAUAGAGAAAGGAUUUCAUCCAAAGGAAUACAUACCUAUACUUUUUUAUUUGUUUUUGUUUUUUUUGUUUUUUUUACAUUUGUGACUGUUAAAUAAAGUGCUGUUAAAAAAAAAAAAGACGUGAUGAUGUAACUGCUUUUUUGUGAUUAUAUAACAUGUAUGAAACACGUGAAUGGUUAAAAGGGGUGUUGCUGAAAUUGAAAUAAGGUCAAACUCUUAGUAGAAAACCAACGACUGUGACUAACUGCAGGCUUUUAAGCAGCAGCGCUUCUAAAAGAACAUAAUUGUUGCUACUUGAAUGUGUAAUUGUUAGUCAUCGCUCCAAUGUGCAUUUGUUCUGAGUUUAGCAACCUUUGUCCAUCCUAAAAGAGGGGAUAUUACAUUUAAGUGAGCGUAAAAAUCAACAAUUUGCCUACGGAUGAGCAAUUUA